CAGCUUAGAGCUUACAAGGUCUGCAAAGACUCCGGGCUUACUUCAGAACCAACUUAGCCGUGGUGGCGGUGUUGGUGGUGGCGAUGGCGAUGGAGAAUGGGUCGGGAUCUUUGGAAUACACGCCUACGUGGAUAGUUGCGGGUGUAUGCUUCAUCAUUGUUUUCCUCUCUCUUUGCGCUGAACGAGCCCUUCACCGGCUUGGCAAGUUCUUAAAGCGCAAGAAGCAAGACGCCUUGUUUGAGGCCCUACAGAAAUUAAAAGAAGAAUUGAUGCUCUUAGGGUUCAUUUCGUUUCUGUUGACUGUUUUUCAAAGCAUACUAAGUCACAUAUGCAUCCCUACACAUCUGGCCUCGUACAUGCACCCAUGCAAGAAGCAAGCUUCAGAGAUCGCCACUCAUGGAGAACUUCUUCUACAAUCAAGAAACAACAGGAGAAGACUUUUAUCAACGGAUGUUAGUGUGGAGAACUGUGCACAUAAGGGACAGGUUCCACUGUUGUCGAUAGAGGCGUUACAUCAACUCCACAUGUUCGUCUUUGUAUUGGCAGUUGUUCAUGUCAUCUUUUGUGUGAGUACUAUGGUUCUUGGCGGAGCAAAGAUACGUCGGUGGAAAAAUUGGGAGAAGCCACUUUGGAGAGAACCUCCCAAGGAAGGAAAAAGACCCGCAUCAUAUAUUCAUGGUGACGAUACUCCUCUCCAUCAUGAGAUCUUUUCACAACGUGCGAGUGGAUAUUGGAGGAAAGCAGCUAUUGUGAGCUGGAUGAUUUCAUUUAUGAAGCAAUUCUAUGGCUCUGUCACCAAGUCAGACUAUAUCGCUCUGCGACACGGAUUUAUCAUGACCCAUUGCCCUCGGGUUCAUGAUUUUGAUUUUCACAAGUACAUGAUGCGAUCCCUCGAAGGUGAUUUUAGAAAGAUAGUCAGCAUAAGCUGGUUCUUUUGGCUAUUCGUCGUCCUCUUUUUGCUACUAAAUGUGGAAGGAUGGAACUCAUACUUUUGGUUGUCGUUUCUACCAUUGGUCCUUUUGCUCCUUGUUGGAGCUAAACUGGAGCAUAUAAUAACUCGCUUAGCUCAGGAGGUGGAUCGUGAAGCCGCUCAAGUGAAGCCGUCUGAUGAACACUUCUGGUUUCAUAGCCCCAGCAUUGUUCUUUGGCUGAUUCACUUCAUUUUGUUUCAAAAUUCUUUUGAGAUUGCCUUUUUCUUCUGGAUAUGGAGCACUUACGGACUCCACUCAUGCAUUAUGGAAAAGAUUGGUUUCAUCAUCCCAAGACUCAUAAUGGGAGUUGUUGUUCAAGUCCUCUGCAGCUACAGUACCCUACCUCUGUACGCUCUAGUCACUCAGAUGGGAAGCACGUUCAAGAUUGGUGAGGACGUCCAUAAACAGAUAAUGGUUUGGGCUGGUCAUAUAGGGAACAGAGGCCAACCUGACACAAACAACGACUCAUCUGGAGGAGCAACUGCUUCACAUUCGCACAGGAUGGCCGCGCAAUCAUUGGAAAGCUUUCACGUGGCCAAGCAAGCACGGGACACUGUUGAUGAAGCUACUCCAACAAUUUAAGUCAAGAAGGGUCUCUGAUGUCUCUCGAGUACCAGACUCGAAACUAAAUUUAUUACUCUUGAAAUCAUGGACAUGAUGGCUUCGGGUACAAAUUUUGGGGUAAUUGUACGCCUGUAUCACAUAUAUAUUAAUGUGAACUACAAUGUUCUAAGGCUCCCCCCCCCCCCCCAAAAGGAAAAAAGAAGAAGAAAAAGAAGAAAGGUUCAGCAAUAGCUCCCAAUCAAGAACUCUGCAAUAGGAAUGGCUAUUUGGUGGGAGUGCUAAUUUGGGAUUUAUUUGCUCUAGCAGUAUAUUGGAGGGAGCAAAGCGAUUCAAGAAUAAAAUGAGUGAACAUCAAUGGUGCUUCCAUAGGGAC